CUCAUGUCGUAUGUCGCAGCGUGCUAAGAUUACGGUGAUUCAUUCUUAAGGAUUUUUUUUAUCGUAUUGUUAAAUCUAUUCAAGCUGUUCCCUUCGUUGACAAUUCCUUAUCGAACACGCCUUGGAUGUAACUCAAAUCUUGCCGCUAGAGGACUUGAUCAUGUGACCUAUCACAACAAAAACAUGGAGAGCAGAGGAUGCUACAGUGUGUAUAGAUCGUAGUCUGCUAGAGGUUAACAACACUUUCGUAAGCAUAGCAUCCAUGGAAACCGUAGAUAACGGGUAACAAGAGAUGAAAUGGAGUCCGCAAACGAUACAUCCGAGAAUGCAACUGAAAAGAAGGAGAAAUUGUCCGGUUCUCCUGAAAAAAUCCCAUACAAACUGUUUGGGAAGAAGAUUUUCAAGACAAGCGGUCGCCUGGUUGCUUCGACCCAGCUAUUUCAGAACCCUGUGCCAACACAGGACUGUGACAUCAUCUUGACCUUCCCACGUGACACAGAAACUGCCACUCUUAUGUGGCUCCUUGACAGACUCAGGUCAAGGUCACCGGAGGUCAUAGUUCAUGUACGUCACCACAGCAACACAAAAGAAGCUGUGUACCAUCUUACUGCCACAUAUGAAAGCUUGCUGAGGGGAGCGGAGGAUGUGGGCGUGUGUAAGCCUUUAAAGGAGGACUACGGAGGGGGCAUGAAGGAAUUCACUUUUGAGGACCAAGACUGCUUUGCUGGUGUGGAGAAUGAGGGAGAAUUCUUUACAACUCAGGAACGGCAGAGUAUCAUACACUACAUGCUCAACAACCUCCGGGCUGUCAAAGGGGAACAACUCAACAAGGUCAAGUUCCUGGAGGGUCAGCCUAUAGUUCCACUACUACAGUCCAAAGGCAUUGUGUCCCAGGUGUUCCCCCUCCAUAACCAGGACACAUUACUAGAGAUGAGGAAAUGCUGGGUCCAAGGAGUCUUCAGGAAACAACCUCUGGAUAAAAUCCGUGACUACUUUGGAGUGAAAAUCGCUAUGUACUUUGCCUACCUGGGCCAUUACACACUUGCUCUUUGCAUCCCAGCAUUCCUUGGGGCAUUCAUAUGGCUAGUCCAGGGACAGGAUGAGACUGUAGAUGACCAGUGGUUUGUUGCAUUCGCUCUAUUCAAUGCAUUCUGGGCCACACUUUACCUAGAGCACUGGAAACGUCGCAGUUCUGAGCUGGCAUAUGAGUGGGGAACCCUAGACAAGAAGGAUGAACUGCUAGAUGAUCCACGCCCACUUUUCUCCGGAAGUUUGCGGGAGAGCCCUGUGACUGGGAGACAGGAACCAUACUAUGCGCCAUGGAAGCGUAACUUGUUCCGCUACUUCAUCAGCUGGCCGAUCAUCUUCCUGUGUCUGUGUGUGGUGUUCGUUGUCAUGUUACUGAUUUUCCAGCUCCAGGAGUGGAUCAAUACACUAGUAACCAAGGAAGACAUCCCUGGCUUCUGUACAUUCCUACCAAAGAUCCUACUGGCAGUUUCCAUUGGAAUCCUUGACGAGGUCUACAAAAAAAUUGCCUACUGGCUAAACCACAUAGAAAACUACAGAAUGACUGAAACCUAUGAAAAUCACCUGAUAAUAAAACUUGUGUUGUUCCAGUUCGUAAACUCCUUUCUGUCGCUGUUUUACAUUGCGUUUUACCUGCAGGACAUGGACCGUCUACGAGAUCAACUUGCAGCCAUCUUGAUAACACGACAGGUGAUUGGAAACAUCAAGGAAGCCCUGCUGCCAUAUCUCCUGUGGAAGGUCAGACUCUACAAGGUCGGCUACGAAAUGACAAGUGAAGUUUCAACAACGAAUCAGACAGAAGUCUCCCAUCCUGUAGAAUCGAUAGGAAACAAUAAAGGAGAAGUCCGGGAAAGGAAGUCAACCGAGAAUAAAACUGAGUCUAAUAAUCCCGGCAAAAAUGAAACAGCUGGACAACAUAGGAAAGCGUCACUGACACAAGCGGAGGUAGAAAGUACAAUGAAUAAGUAUGAGGACACGUUUGAGGACUUCCUAGAGAUGUUUAUACAGUUUGGGUACGUGACCCUGUUCUCCUCUGCAUUCCCUCUGGCUGCCCUGUGUGCCCUCAUGAACAACAUCGUUGAAGUAAGAAGUGACGCCUUUAAGUUGUGUAUGAACCAUCAGAGACCAUUUGGACAGCAAGUGGAGAACAUUGGAACAUGGCAGGACGCUCUAGAACUCAUGGGAGUCAUUGCCGUAAUUGUAAACUGUGCUCUCAUUGGUAUAUCAGGUCAGGUGACCAGGAUGGUGCCAAACUCCAGUGUAGUGUCAACAAUUAUCAUCAUUGUGAUCUUAGAGCAUAUCAUUCUUGCCCUAAAGUUCCUUAUAGCGUACGCCAUUCCAGAUAUACCAGAGGCAAUAGCAACCAAAAAAGCCAAACUGGAAUUUUUACGUCGACAAGCAUUGAAGAAACUGGAGUCCCAACUCUCAUCUUCUGUGACGCCAAGUCCAACAGACAAGGUAUGUCGACAGAAAUCUCGAACUGAGAGCAAUGGACAUACGCGACAGCUCAAUCAGCCAGAAGGGUUCAACAGGAAUUAUUACCAAACUGUCACUGUAAACUCAUCGUCACCUUUCCAGAAGAAUCUUGGGGAAGUACGUCUCUCUCCUGCCUCCCAGGGACCAGUCAACGAAGCCUCAUUCACAGGCCAAUCCUCAAAUAUCAUAAGUUCUAACCUGGCAAACAUAUCGGACCUAAAACUCAGUGCUGCCUCUCUGAAGGCGGGUCAAAAUAUCUGUACGAUAAAGACACCACUAGGUAAACCUACAUCAACAUUUGUGUCCAAAGUUAUAAUCGCACCAAAACGAAGCGCUUCAUCCAACACAUCAGAGGGAACAACAGGGUCUCCAGUAGGAGAGACCAGUAGGCAGUCCCCUGCCCGGGACAUACUGCCCUCCUACAUACCUCCCCAGCCAUACAGAAGUAUUUCAGCUAGUCUCUCCCAUAGGGCCAAUAGCCCAGACGGAGACUUUCCAAUAAAACGAGCAUGUUCUCCUCAAAGACCUCGGACAUCAUCUCCUCAACGACCAACGUCACCCAAAAUCGGUACGGAUUCAAAAAUCCCGGUACGGAUUCCUGAUCUCGGAAGUUCUGGCUAGGUGUAAUUGUUAUUGUUUAUUGUUGAUAAUUUUGUAUAUAAGUUGAUAGAUUAAUGAUGUGCUUGUCGCUGUACAACUGCAGGCAGAGUGUUGACAGACACUUGAUUAUUGUACAGUGUAGUGUUGAUGGGUUUUUAAUGGUGCUACUACAGAGAGUACAUCAAUUUUAAAGCAUUUAAUACAGAUUUAAAACAUAUUUUUAUCAAGGGAAUUGGGUCAAACUUGUUAUUCAGGAUAUCUUUGGGCAUAUUAUAGCUUUGCAUUAUCAUUUUUUCAUCAGUGGUCAAUGAUUUUUAGCAGUUUUUACUUACCAGAGAGUGUCGACCCCUGGUACUGACCUUCCAGGCAGUCCUGAACCCUAGUAGCAACUCUUCAAACACUUCCGAAACCUGGUGGUGACCACCCUAGUUGUUGACCUCUGGUUGUGACCUCUGUAGUUAUUACCCCUGGUGGUGACCUCACUAGUUGUUGACCCUUGGUUGUGACCUCGGAAGUUGUUAACCCCUGGUGGUGACCUCCGUAGUUGUUAACCCCUGGUGGUGACUUCCGUAGUUAUUGACUCCUAGUGGUGACCUCCCUAGUUAUUGACUCCUAGUGGUGACCUCCCUAGUUAUUGACUCCUAGUGGUGACCUCCCUAGUUAUUGACUCCUGAUGGUGACCUCUGUAGUUGUUAACCCCUGGUGUUGACCUCACUUGUUGUUGACCUCUGUAGUUGUUAACCCCAACAGCUGGUGUGACCUCCAUAGUUGUUAACCCCUGGUGGAGACCUCCAUAGUUGUUAACCCCUGGUGGUGACCUCCAUAGUUGUUAACCCCUGGUGGUGACCUCCAUAGUUGUUAACCUCCCUAACUGUUGACCUUCCAACAGUCUAGAUAAGGUUACAGUAUCUUAGUUACAGAAACAACUUAAGAUUGGAGAGUAUUGUGUUUAAUAUUAAGGUCACCUUUGUAAAUAUUAAUUCAUAAUUUGCCACCAAAAGAAAUCCUGAAUUCAUAGUUUGACAAUGCCGGACUCGUCUCUCAGUUUUUGUUUCGAUGGUGAGAGACUUUUAGAUGAUGCAUUUCGAAGAUGUUCCACAUAGUUCUAUCUGUUCCAUACCAAUACAGCUGUGGAAUAGAGUUAAAGAGCUACUAGUGGAGGAUAUUAAAUUGACAAGACUGACUUUCUCCUUCUAAGGUGCUGUAUGUUUAGUUAGCUAGGUUCUCAUAUUUUAAUUUAAAAUAUUUAUUACAUAAUAAUUGUUUACUUAUACAUGUAUUAAGUUUGGUUUGCUUUUUUACUUGUGAUCGUAUUUUGCAAUGUAUGUGAGAUUUGUUACUUUUUGUCUUUAUUUAGGUUACAGGGUAUGUGAUGUUAUAGAUUAACACUAUAUUUAUGUUAGAUUUGAUGUGGUGUUGUGCUGUUUUCUGUCGUAUGUAAGAGUUUUAGAAAUGCCAGUCGAUAUAUGUAGCCUAUUGACCUAAUCAAUACACCUGUCCCUAUCAGCUCAUCUUCUUUUUUAAGGAAAAAGGAUGGUGCACUGAUUGAAACUUUACACACAGGUUAAAGGUUAAUUUAAAUAACAUAUUUUUAUAUUAAACACAAUAGCUUUAGUAGCGUCCACAUUGUCUUCCCGUUAUCAUUGUUCUCUGCUCUUGAAAAUUUGUUUAAUGUUAAAAUUAUGCGAAUGAGUAUUAUUUAAGAUUAACAAAUGAAGAGAGGAAUGCAAACAGUUUUUCUGAAAGUGAGAGGACAGUUGAUUCAGGUGUUUGUAAUUAUAAGUUGAAUACGAGAGGUGACAGUUGAUUCAGGUGUUUGUAAUUAUAAGUUGAAUAUGAGAGGUGACAGUUGAUUCAGGUGUUUGUGAUUAUAAGUUGAAUACGAGAGGUGACAGUUGAUUCAGGUGUUUGUAAUUAUAAGUUGAAUACGAGAGGUGACAGUUGAUUCAGGUGUUUGUAAUUAUACCUUGAAUACGAGAGGUGACAGUUGAUCUAGACAGGCUUGUUUCCCUUGUCUUCUGGUGCUACAUAUAGGUUAAUGUAUUUAUACUCCAAAGUGUGUGCAAUAAUAAAAUAGUACCUUGGUUUAUUUCCCUUUUACAACAAUGUGUACAUUAGCUGUAUGUCCAUUAUUGACAGUGUAUUUUCGCUAGAUCUGUUAGCUGUAUGUCCAGUAUUGACAGUGUAUUUUCGCUAGAUCUGUUACUUACUCCAGCAUUUUGUUCAGCUUCUACAGGGUAAUUGUGAAGGUAUUUUACUUGAGAUUUUUUAAAAGCAUUUUGUUGAUUUUUAGUAUUAGAGUACUUGUUUGAGUUGUGUCCCCAUGACUAACUUACAUGUACUCCUUCACAUCAUAUUUGUUUGCUGGAACAUUUUUUGUCCAUAUUUUGUUUGAAUGCAAGUUUUAGGUCACCUGAGACGAAGUUCUCAGUUGACCUAUUGCUAUCGCAUUUUGUCUGGCAGUGUCAAUUGUGCGUCAUAAACAUAUAAACCUCAUAUUGGAUUUCAUUGAAUUAUGCUUAAUCUUUAAACAACUUCUUCUUUAAAUCUUAAAUAACUUUCAUAAUGGAAGAGUUCUAGAGACCUGAUAUUGGACCUGCAGCAUGCUGGGGUGUAGGGCCAUCAAGAUUGUUCAAAUGAAUGACCUUGACCUUAAUUCAAGGUCACAGGUCAAAUAGGCCAAAAUCUAUAAAUGACUUCUUUUUACUAAGCAAAAUACCCGACAUUUGGCCUAUAGCAUUCUGGGGUCAAGGGCAAUCAUAAAGAUUGUUAAUAUGAACGAGAUUAACCAUCAUUCAAGGUCACAUGGGUCAAAUAUGUAAAAUAUAGCAAAACUCAGGUGACCUUUAAGGCCCAUAGGCCUCUUGUUUAUAGAAUAGUUGUGACUAUAUAUCACAGGUUCCCCAAUGAACCGUCCAUGUUGACCAGUUAUUUCCCUUGCCUGGCCAGUUAUCUCCCUCUCCAGAAGCAAGUGUAUAUCUGUGGUGUGUUAUGUAUACCAUAUCAGAUUAUCUAAUGCAAUUACGUUUUAGUUUUAAUAUGUUUGAAAAUGUAGAGGGAAUUAUUAAAACUGUCUGACGUAAGCCAUGUUGAUAGCAUCUACAAAAUAUUUAAGUUUCUUGUUCCAUUAAUUAUAUAUGCUAAAAUUUGAGCAUGCCAAACUAUGUAUUACUUUUCCAUUUUCAUCGCUUUGUUUAUUUUUGUUUUUUAAUGUUUUUUUUGAACGAGGAGAUUGCUUGUUACAUUUUGAUGAAGUUCAUAUCAUUCUUGUUAUUAUUUACUAAUUGUCCAGAGUACAGAGCAUCAACUUGUCUCCGACAAACACGUUGGAGUUGGUCUUCCUCUUGUCCAGCUUCAUUGUCUUGGACAAUCAUGGAUACUUCGAUGUUUUACCAUAUAGACCUUGAUGAAAUAGAUAUUGAGGCUGAUGCCGUCACUGUGAUGUUCUCAACUCUGGAUUACUUGGGUAGCCAUGUUAAUUCUAUGUACAAAAUUUACACCAAUAUAUUGCUUUAUUUUCCAAAACAUUAUUAAGGUGUCUGGUUACUUUGUUUUCAUGACAAUUUUUUGUCAUAUUUUUUCCAAAUAAAUCUAACAAAUUAA